AUGUUGCGCCGCCCGACUGGCAAACUAGAUGGUGCUCACCACCACCCGGUGGCCCAGCCCCGCCUGCUCGCCCGCAGGUCCAGUCAAGUCAACCAGCUGCUCAAAUUUGCCUCCGCCAGAGAGUGGAGGUCAUCCACCCCCUCAACUUUCGAUGACGCUACAUUGUUCGCCGCCGCGCGCACUGCAUCGAGCACUGCAAACUGCAACUGCACAAACAAUCAAGUCAUGUCCACGAGCGAUCCGAAAGUGUACGACAACAUGAGCAAGGAGGAGAGGGCCGAGCACGAUGCAAAGCAGCGAGAGCGCGAGCAGGCCGAGCAGGCUGUGGUCGCAGGAGCUUGGCACGGUGACCGUCAACGUUCCCCUGCCGCCAGGAACGCGCGCGAAGAACCUCGACGUGUCAAGGGCGCGCCUGAGCCGAUCCUCGAGGGAGACCUGUUCGAGGAUAUUGUUUGCGACGACUCGUCGUGGACCAUUGCUCGAGAAGCUUUCGUGAGUCGCGCCCAAGCUCUGACUAACGGCAGAUCGCACAUUGCCGCGCACCGCUGGUGGCCGCACGUGCUCAAGCACCACCCCAAGAUCGACACGACCAAGAUCCAGCCCGAGAACUCGAAGCUGUCGGAUCUGGACCCAGAGACGCGGGCGAUGGUCGAGAAGAUGAUGCAAAAGGCCAUGGGCAAGCCGACGAGCGACGACCUGAAGAAGGCCGAGACGCUGGCCAAGUUCCAGCAGGCGCACCCGGAGAUGGACUUUAGCCAGAUUGAGUAG